GGGCAGUAAAUUACAGCUAAUCGCUGAAUCGGGACGUAACGGACGGGCCCACUGCCACCGGUGGCACUGACACAGCCUGGAAACGCACUGCUUCCACGAAGAAAAGUGCGCUCCACCGGACGACUACUCGCAGGGAACCUAUCCUGCGAAUAAGCGAAUCCCCGCGACUUUCGGAUUGUUGUUGUUUGUUUAUUGUUUACCCUGCUUUCCGCAUCGCGAAGGCGUUCUGUGUUUGAAGUCACUUCGCUUCACCGGUUCUCGUCACAGACACACCAUGGGAAUUUUGGGGCUCUCAAAGCUCAUUGCUGACAUUGCGCCGCUAGCUGUCAAAGAAAAUGAAAUCAAGAACUUUUUCGGUCGCAAAGUGGCGAUUGAUGCUUCAAUGAGCUUGUAUCAAUUUCUUAUUGCUGUAAGAAGUGAAGGUGCACAGCUAACGGAUGCAGCAGGGGAAACAACAAGUCACUUGAUGGGAACCUUCUACCGAACUAUACGUCUCAUUGAAAAUGGCAUCAAACCUGUCUAUGUCUUUGAUGGAAAGCCUCCAGAAAUGAAGUCUGGAGAAUUGAACAAACGAGCAGAAAAAAGAGAAGAGGCUCAAAAGUCAUUGCAACAAGCUGAGGAAGCAGGUGACACAGAAAACAUUGAUAAAUUCAACCGCAGGCUUGUAAAAGUGUUGCCUAUCCAUAAUGAACAAUGCAAGAAUCUACUCAAGCUUAUGGGUGUCCCCUACAUUGAUGCACCUUGUGAAGCAGAGGCUCAGUGUGCUGCUUUGGUGAAGUCUGGAAAAGUUUAUGCAACAGCAACAGAAGAUAUGGAUGCCCUAACUUUUGGCUCUUCCGUCCUGCUGCGUCACAUGACAUUCAGUGAAGCCCGCAAAAUGCCUAUCCAAGAAUUCCACCUAAGUAAAGUGCUUGAAGAAUUAGAACUGACUCACAGUGAAUUCAUAGACUUGUGUAUUUUACUGGGCUGUGAUUACUGUGACAGUAUUCGUGGCAUAGGUCCAAAAAGAGCCAUUGACCUUAUUAAACAGCACAGAAACAUUGAGACUAUUAUAAAAAACUUGGACCUUAAAAAGUACUCCCUCCCCGAAAACUGGCCAUUCCAGGAGGCACGUAGGCUUUUUAUGGAGCCUCAAGUUGCAGAUCCUGAAACACUUCAGUUAAAGUGGACCGAUCCUGAUGAAGAGGCCCUUGUCAAAUACUUGUGUGGGGACAAAAACUUCAAUGAGGAAAGAGUCCGAAAUGGUGCCAAAAAACUUGCCAAGGCCAGAACAGGCACUACUCAGGGUCGGUUGGAUUCUUUUUUCAAGGUGUUGCCAAGCCCCAGUGCUGGUCAAAAGAGGAAGUCUGAAGACAGCAAGACUACUGCAGCAGCUGGCAAAAAAGGGAAGAAAGGAGGUGGUGGUUUCAAAGGGAAACCAAAGUAGUAUUUCAAAUCGAAUGAAAAGUCAGCUGGUUAUUUCCAUUAGAGUUUAAGUUUGAUUGUUUCACCUUUGUUUGACAAAUGUCUUCUUCUCCAUGUGAGUGAAAGAUGCUGAAUUUUGUUGUAUUGGUUGUUAAAAAUGGCUUCAGGUAUCAAUUUUAUUAUAUUAGAGCCAACAAUAAAUUUCUUCUUGUUUUCUUCUGAAAA